GAUCAAGAAAUCAUGAUGGUAUUUCUCCAUCACCACCAACCCCCAUUCAUAAGAACUAACCAUUGUCGUCAUGAUUUCAACUUCAACCUUCAGUUUCAAGCAACAGCAACUGCCCACCAACAACCACCACCACCAACCACCAAAACGACGACAAAACCAGCGAAAAUUACAGCAACUCAAAUCCUCACUAGCUUCUGAUUCUGCUUUCAAUGGCUAGUGUUGCUCCCUCUGUCCUGCUUCUUCUUGCUUUGGUCCAUAAAGGGUAUUGUCAGACGGAUAGCUGUGCUUCUGACCUGAGCACAUUUCUUCCUUCUCCUUUCAAUGUUUCUGGUCUCAGCUGCAAACCCAUUUGGAACAGCUUCAUUCUGAGAUAUUCACAGGAUCAAGAUAACGUUUUAAACAUUGUACUCUCUGCUGUAUAUACAUCUGGAUGGAUUGGUAUAGGAUUUUCAAAUGAUGGUAUGAUGGUUGGCUCAAGUGCAAUGGUUGGUUUCAUUGGUAAAGGAGGCAGAGCACAUAUCAAACAAUACUAUUUAAGGGGCCAAUCAAGCUCAGAAGUCAUUAUAAAUGAGGGUCAAUUGACAGAAACAAAUGUAAAACCGGCCAUUAUUCUUUAUGGAGUUAACAUCUACUUAGCAUUUCAACUGAAGUUCUCGUCUCCUGUUAGUCAGCAGCAGCUACUCUUUGCUUUUUCAACCGCAACCCCAAAUAACUAUCAGCUCACCGAACAUGAUGAUAAGAUAUCUAUUUCCUUCGACUUUUCAGGAGAUUUUUCAGGAGGUACACCUCCUACCUCUUUAUAUCCGUACAAGCUGAAAAGGAAUCAUGGGGCCUUAGCUAUAUUUGGUUGGGGUGUUCUUCUGCCAAUCGGGGCAAUCACAGCAAGAUACGGCAAAGGAUGGGAUCCAUUAUGGUAUUAUAUCCAUGUAAUCAUGCAGUUUGCAGGAUUUAUCAUAGGCCUUGCUGGCGUAGUUGCGGGGAUUUCACUGUAUAAUAAGUUGCAUUCAGAUGUUUUCGCACACAGGGGACUUGGUAUCUUCGUCUUCGUGCUUGGUAUUCUUCAGGUGACUGCAUUCUUCAUACACCCCGAUAAAGACUCUAAGAUCCGAAAGUACUGGAACUGGUACCAUCACUGGGUUGGGAGACUCGCUCUGUUUCUUGCAUCAGUCAAUAUUGUACUUGGGAUUCAAGUUGGAGGAGCAGGAAAUGCUUGGAAAGUGACGUAUGGUAUUAACCUCGCUCUGAUCUUAAUAACUACUUCGGUGUUGGAAAUAAUGUCAUGGACAAGGUUGUCCAAGAAAUUUGUUUCCCCUCCAGCCUUUUAGAUAGUCUAUCCUACAUACCGUUUUCAGCCUACUUGUCACCGUUGAAAGUUCUCGUUUGUUCCCAUUUCCUUUGAGCUAGACAGAACUUAGUCGGAGUGUCGAUAUUGAAAGUAGUUACAAGUUCAUCUGUGAAUCUUCAGAGCCUUAAGAACUGUUUGUCAGACUCAUGAUUCAGUUGACUAUGCAUGUUGUAACUCAAGGAGAGGCGGCAAAAGCAAGGACAGGGAAAGAAAAAGAGGAGAACCAGAACAAGAGGAGUGCAAUAUGUUGUGUUGUGCAGAGUCUUUUGUCACAAUAUUUUUUUGUCAAGGGUAUUGCAUCAAUAUUUUCUUCAUUUUGGUAACCGGAGUGCAUUUUGAUAUGACCUUUUCACUAUGGAUGUAUGGUGAGACAUGGUAGAUAUGAAAUAUUUUAGAGGAAACAUUAAUCUGA